CCUACAGCUGCGAAACAAAGAAGAAGCGCCGUGUGUCUUCCUCAUUUUUCCAUCCAUCAUCUCCUGGAUUUCUCCUACGCUCGAUAUACUUCUAUCGUCCAAGAAAUAUUGACCUAGACCUCGACGUUGACAGUAAGCAUUCACCUAGCCAGGCGAUUCAUAAUUAUACUUUUCUCGCUUCUUUAAACACACCUAUCAGGCUCCCGGCCAGGCUUUCAGAUUGGUGUCUGGUCCCUGGGACCAUUCCGACCGAACGCGUCGACACCACCCUUCGAUCCACUUCGUUUGGACCCUAGACCAGAGCUUACGGUACGACCUACCAUUCUGUCGUGCCUCUCUAGACUUGAGCCGAACUUUGCGAACCCAACCCGCCCGACUGAAAUUCGACAAACAGCAUAUUGUGCCUAACAUACGCCUAACUGCUUUGCCUUGACCCGAAAAUCAUUGUGCUUACAACCCGAUCCUUUUCUCCUCUCGACAUUAUCACCAUUCUUCCUCUCGUCUCCCAACAUCACCUAUACCCACGAACCACUCCCUCUUCAGUUUUCUCGACUCCACCAUAGACACACACAGAGACACACACAUAUACACACACACUCGGAAAAGUGCAAUGUCGUUCUAUCCUGGCCAGGGCGGCUACGGAGCGCAGCAACAUCACGGUGGCGGCGGCGGUUAUGGAUAUCCUCCUCAAUCACAUUCACCAGUCCCAGGUUAUCCUCCCCAAGGCUACAACCAAGGAGGAUAUCCGCCGCAGUCGUUUUCGCCGCAACCACCUUAUGGACAACAGCAAUAUGGCAGUGCGCCGCAAGGGUACGGUGCCCCCCCUCCCCAACAGGUAGCUCCAUAUGGCUACAACAAUCCCCCCCCCCCUCAACAGGGCGGAUAUGGUGGUUAUGGCGCACCUCCACCUCAACCCAACGGUUAUCCUGGUAAGGUCAUCCCGUUUUCGUCUUGCUGUUUAAACAUGUCUGACUCAUUUACAGGUCCCCGACCGGGGAUGCCCAGCGGCAACAGUGGUUAUCAGCAACAACGCCCUGGCGGCGGCGGCAGCAGCAGCAGCAGCAGCGGCGGUCCCCCUCCUCCUCCUACUGCACCACAGCAAUUUGGCCAUGGUGCUCCUUCAAACUACAACUUUCAAUACUCAAACUGCACUGGCAAGAGAAAGGCGCUUCUGAUCGGCAUUAAUUAUUUCGGACAGCGGGGUCAGCUGCGAGGAUGUAUUAAUGAUGUCAAAAAUAUGUCGACUUAUCUGAAUCAGAACUUUGGAUAUGCCAGAGAGGACAUGGUCACAUUGACAGACGAUCAGCAGAAUCCCAUGUCGCAGCCCACCAAAGCCAACAUUCUCCGGGCCAUGCAUUGGUUGGUUAAGGACGCCCGGCCCAACGAUUCAUUGUUCUUCCACUACAGCGGUCAUGGAGGUCAGACACCCGACUUGGACGGAGAUGAAGAGGACGGUUACGAUGAGGUCAUCUAUCCUGUGGACUUCCGGUCGGCAGGCCACAUUGUCGACGACGAGAUGCAUAGAAUCAUGGUCAUGUCCUUACAGCCUGGAGUCCGACUCACCGCCAUCUUCGAUUCAUGCCACUCAGGCUCCGCUUUGGAUCUUCCAUAUGUCUACUCCACCCAAGGUGUCCUUAAGGAGCCGAAUCUUGCCAAGGAAGCUGGUCAAGGUCUUCUCUCGAUUGUUUCGUCAUAUGCUCGCGGAGAUUUGGGCGGCAUGGCCUCGACUGCCAUGGGCCUGUUCAAAAAGGCGACUACCGGAAAUUCGACAUACGAACGCAACAAGCAGACCAAGACCAGUCCGGCCGAUGUCAUCAUGUGGUCGGGCAGCAAAGACGAACAAACCAGUGCCGAUGCAAGCAUUGCAGGACAAGCGACUGGAGCAAUGAGUUGGGCAUUCGUGACCGCAUUGAAAAAGAACCCUCACCAGAGCUACGUUCAAUUGCUCAACAGCAUUCGAGACGAACUGGCGACAAAAUACGAUCAGAAACCUCAAUUGAGCUGUUCACACCCGCUGAACACCGAUCUUCUAUAUGUCAUGUAGGAGACACGAGCGAAAUUUUAAUGGUUGCGCCGGCGUUGUUUAUCGCCAUCAACUCUCGGAUGCGACGAUGAUGAACUGUGUAUAAUUGAGUAAAUAGCACUAUGGCGUUGACUCUGGUGCAUGGCUCCCUCGCUACCCCGGUGAACACAAUACCCGGAAGAGUAAGAGGUAGAGGAAUUGCUAGUCAAAAUUCAUACUUGUUUCAUGAUAUGACAUGGAGAGACUCUGGCCCAGACUUGAUACCACUUGUGAUGAGCACUCUCGGUGGUGUAGACAGGCGGAUGUUUGAAGCCGAUCACAUGAUGGAUGACUUGGAUUCCCCGUUGUUGUGGGGAACUAUUAAUAGGCGACGAUUAAACAACUCAUAGGUUGUAUGCCCGCUAGGGCGUCUACAGAUACGUAUGCACAUAGUAGACACUCACGGUACU